UAAUGCCAGCUCUGAAAAUCGUACAGUUCGUUGGAACUUUUCUUACAAUUAGGAUCGCAUUUGAUAUAAUAUUUUUUUAAACAAUUUUUAUCAAUUGCACAAAAUCAUAUUUAAAAAAUACAAAUAAAUUUAUUCCCAAAAAGAUGUCGAAACUGGGAGCUGUCUUGAUUGUGGGCUGCUUGUUUGUGGCCUUCGCCCUGGCAGAGCCACGCCUCCAGAGGCAACAACAACAACAGCUGCAGCAACGCCUUCAGCGUAAAAUCAAUUCCGCCGGACAGCAGCAUCCCUACUUGUUCCUCACAGUGCCCCGGGGACGUGCCAAUGCCGGUGCCGUGGUCAAAGGAUUCGAGAUUGUCGAGGAGGAGGACUCCCACGAACUGGAUCAUCUGGUCGAUAACGAUAACGAUGACGAUGACAACCAGGACGACGAUGACGAGGAGGAUGAGCUGGAACAUCAGUUGGGUUUGAAUUUCGGCCGCAACAACUUCGCUUUCCGUAAUCAGAAGAAGAAUCUGGACUCCCUGGAGGAGGAGGACGACGAUGAGGAUCUGGAUGAGGUGCAGGAGUCGUUCGUGAGGAACGCCAAGCCCCAGGUCGGCCAGGGUGCUCAGCAAAUGGUGGUGGCAAGGGAUCAGGCUGGUGCCAUCAUGGUGCCCGACGGCAUUAUCGAGAUCGAGGGACAGAGUGUCCUGGACGAGAAGACGGGCAAGGCGGCGCUUCUGGUGCCCCGUGCCGCUCUGGACGCCAUUCCCGACGGUGCUGUGGUGGCGCUGAUGGAGCGCUCUGCCAACUCGGCAGCUGCCGUUGCCGGCGAUGAGGUCGAGGAGGAGCGCGCCAACCGUGUCGUCGUCCGCCGCAGGAAGAACAGCGGCCGUCGCAACAUCCGCCGUCGCGGCACCAACGUCCAGCGACGUCGCCGUCGUCCCUCCUCCCAGCGUCGCCGUCGCGGCGGCAACCGUCGUCGCAACGUUCGCGUCGUCCGCCCCAACAACCGGAGGCGUGGCAAUCAGCGUCGCCGCGGCCAGGUCGUCUACCAGGGUUAAGGGUCACCAGCACCACAGUCCCCCCCCCCAGAUUCUAUAUAGUAUUAUAGUUAAGCACCAGCGAUCCAGGACACGAACUAUGCAAACUUUUGACAAACGAUUCGAAUUCAA